CCUGGGUGCUAAUCCUGGUCUUGAGUUUCAACAUGAGCAUGGAGAGCAACAUGAAGCUCCCAAAAGCAUGAGCAGUUUCAGUUCACGGAGGAAGAGAAGGAGGAGUUUAGAACGAAUCCUGAAGGCCACCUUCAGUUUCGCCGCCGGAUCGAAGCCGAAUUCAACAUCCUGGUUGAUGUGUUCGUCCUUGGAAUAUGGAUCCUCGGUUCGCACAGUUCUCUCACCACCACAAUGGUUUAAAAGCACUUUACCCUUGGCCGAAUGCUUUGUUUCAGUCCAGACUGUCUUGUUAUGAUCUCUCCUUGACUGUGAUCAACGCACGGCCACCGAAGACGACGAGAGUCUUCGAACAACAUGGAAACCUAUUCCAAUUACAACCUAUUUGUCAUCCUCUUCUCCGCUUUUGGCUCCCUAUUCACAGGCUAUGGCUUGGCUGUCAUUGGGAACACGUUGGGCCAGCCAACGUUCUACACUACAAUGCACGUGCCAGCAGUGCCCACCGACCCUGCAUACUCUCAUACUCGCACCUUGAUAGGUGCCGCCAAUGGCAUCUUUUUCGGGGCCGGCUUUGUCAAUUGCCUCAUCGCGGCAUGGACUGUUGACGCCUUAGGUCGCAGGAGCACCUUUCGCCUGGCAGCCGCUAUUGGGAUCGUUGGCGGCACGCUUCAGUGUGCUGCGGUAAAUCAAGCAAUGUAUCUUGUCGCUCGGGCAUUCACCGCUAUCCCUGUGGGCAUAACCAUCGUCGCAAUGCCAAUUUACUACUCCGAAGUUGCACCACCCCAUUCCAGAGGACUCAUGGCGGGUGCACAUGGAUGUUGUAUCAACCUUGGCUACUUCCUGGCUGCUUGGAUAGGCUUUGCAUGCUACUACGCAGCUGAUUCAACCUUUGGCUGGCGCUUUCCCAAUGCCGUUGUGGUUUUGUGGGCUGUCUUGCUCCUCGUUGGCACUUUAUUCGUCCCGGAAUCUCCUCGCUGGCUUGUUCAGCGACAGCGCAAUGCAGAAGCACUCAAAAUUCUGUGUAGAUUGCACCACGAUCCGUCUGAUCCAGAAGAUACGUUCGCCCACCGGGAGCUGAAUCUUAUUGUGAAACAAUUGGAGCAAGAUCGUGGUGCGAUUACGGGGGGCGGCCGCUGGCAGCUCUUCACUGAGAAGACGUAUCGAAAACGCCUGCUCCUCGCUCUCAUGAUCGCAAUCGGCGGCCAAAAUGCAGGUAUUCUUGUGAUCAAUAACUACAACGUCCUGCUUUAUGAGUCACUAGGAUUGACUGGCUCCAUGCCUCUGUUGAUCGCCGCCGUCUGGAACACCAUCGGCUUUAUCGCAAAUGUUGUGCGCGCCGCCACGAGUGACCGAACCGGAAGACGAACUGCAUUAGUCUACGGGUAUGCCUUCACAAUGGGAAGCUUUGUCAUCGCAACCGGCUUGAUUGGCAAGUAUGCAGAGACACCGACACGAGGAUGGGCUGCUGCCGCAACGGUCUUCCUGUUCAUAUACGUGGUUGGAUACGGCACCUGCAUCGACCCCAACCAAUUCACCGUCGUCUCCGAGAUCUUUCCGUCGCACCUUCGCGGACAAGCAGUUGGCAUAUCUCUCUGUGGCCUGUUCCUCGCCGACACCUUGUGGUUGGAACUCCAGCCCACCGCAGAAGGAGCGAUCGGGUGGAAAUACUACCUUGUUUUCGCAUGCUUGGGGAUGGUGCACACCAUCUUCUUAUACCUUAUACUUUUUUCUCCCUGAGACUUCCGGUCUGGCUCUCGAAGAGAUCGAUCAACUCUUUGGCAAAACCGUCGUUGCUCACCUGGACGACCAUCCGCUUGCAGGGACUGCAGUCAACGGAGCUUCUGGCGAGACUGGAGAAAAGGACGGCGCGGUCACGGCGCAACAUGCUGAGACUGCUCAGGUAAAGCAAUGAAGCUUAUGUGGCAAGAUGGCUGAAGGGGAAGCAGGA